GGGGAGGAGCCGAAGCGCGGCGGAGGAGGAGCCGCUGCAGCCCCAGCCUGCGUGCGUCAGGUCCUGCGGGCAACUCGGCAAAGUUCAGGGAAGGCAGGAAAGCGGCGCCUUUGAGGCGAGAGACCAGGCGAGCCCAGCCCAGCCCCGAGCGAGGUCGGGGGUGGGGGGGCUUCCCCAGUCCUCGCUUUAGAGGGUGCGAGCGAAGGCAUCUCCCCGGGGGAAAAGUUUCUGGCGGGGCCGGGAGCGGACGGCUGGACUGAAGAAGCGGGUCCCAUGGAGGGACGGGAGCUGCAGGAACAGCCGCCCGAGCCGGAGGGACGCCAAGGCGUGCAGCCCUGAGCGGCGGCGCACGGUUCCUCGGGUCUCCAUGGGCGCGGGCGGCGUGCCUUAGGGAGGCAGGCGGGCGGCCGCCUCGGUGCCGUCAUGGCCAAAUGGCUGAACAAAUACUUUAGCCUGGGCAAUAACAAGACCAAGAGCCCUCCGCAACCGCCCCGUCCGGACUAUCGGGACAAGCGGAACGGCACGGCGGGAGCGGGAGGCGGAGGGCAUCACAACCACAACCACAACCAUCACCAUCACCACCACCACCACCACACGUCGCCGUGCUUCCCGCGCCACGACACCAGCGACCUGCUCCGCGCCUACCGCGCUCAGAAGGAGCGCGACUUCGAGGACCCUUACAGCGGGCCGGGCUCGUCGCUGCGCAAACUGAGAGCGCUCUGCCGAGCCGAGUAUUGCGCGCCGGAGGAGCUGCUGGUGGAGUCGGCCGGUCCCAAGCCCUUCUCGUCCUCGUCCUGCUGCGGCGGCGGCGGCGGAGGUGUAAGCAGCGGCGGGAGCAGCGCCGCCGUCGCCUCCGCCCCCACCCCCUCGACGGCCUCGGCUUCGCCUCAGCUCUUCCGCAGCCACAGCGAACGACGCGCUGCCACCCCGCCCGACUCCGCGUCGGUCAAGUACAUUUCCCCCAAGCACCGGCUAAUCAAAAUAGAAAGCAACGAAGGUGGUAAGGGCGGCAGCGGCGUCCCCAUCACCUGGAGCCCGCCGGGAAUUGGCGGAGCCGGACAGAAGAAGCUCAACAAGUGUGGCGAACAAGGGGAGGGCGGCGGUGGCAGCGUCUCUUUAACCAAGAAGGAGAAAGUUUUAAUAGCUGAUGACUAUUCUGAUCCAUUUGAUGCCAAGAGUGAAGUCAAUAAAAUGGGCAAAGGAGAAAACACUGGCUAUAUGGAGCCAUAUGAAGCUCAGAGGAUCAUGACAGAGUUACAGAGGCAAGACAGUGUGAAGCCCCAGCAAAAAGACAUCCAGCUAUAUGACACACCUUACGAACCUGAAGGCAAUGGUGUGGAGUCUGAUUCAGAAAGUGCUGUGAGUCAACGCCUGAGAGAGAGCAAGUUGCCACAGGAUGAUGAUAGGCCUGCAGAUGAGUAUGACCAGCCAUGGGAAUGGAAUAAGGUCACCAUUCCUGCUUUGGCAGCCCAGUUCAACGGGGGAGAGAUAAGGCAAUCUUCACCUUCUCCAUCUUCAAGUGAUCGGCGCCGACAGCUUCGGGCACCUGGGGGAGGCUUCAAACCCAUCAAACAUGGUAGCCCAGAAUUCUGUGGAAUCUUGGGAGAGAGAGUGGAUCCAACUAUUCCACUGGAAAAACAGAUAUGGUAUCAUGGAGCAAUCAGUCGGACAGAUGCAGAAAACCUCUUGCGCUUGUGUAAAGAAUGUAGUUAUCUAGUGAGGAACAGCCAAACAAGCAAGCAUGACUAUUCACUUUCUUUAAAGAGUAACCAAGGGUUCAUGCACAUGAAGUUGGCAAAGACCAAAGAGAAGUAUAUUUUGGGUCAGAACAGCCCCCCCUUUGACAGCGUGCCUGAGGUUAUUCACUACUACACUGCAAAGAAACUGCCUAUCAAAGGAGCUGAACAUUUGUCACUCCUCUACCCUGUAGCUGUCCGGACCUUAUAAUUGUUCUAUGCACGCUCCUUCCUGUGGAUUGGAGAUGAAGGCUGCAGCAGCAGAAGGAUCCCUGCAUUGGCAUCAGCAGCAUUUCUUGGAAACAAAGGACCCCUUUCGGUCUUUCCAGAAACAGACUGUUGUAUAGUAGUAUGAGUGGAAUUGUUGCACUACUUUGCAUGUCCUGUGUGGAAACGUUGGCUUCUAUUUAUAUGAGAGAAAAUGGAUUCAGAAGUAGAAGAAAUGCAUCUUUUUCCAGGAAUCCCACCCUCCCACGCUCCCAGAAAUGGAAAUCUUGCCAAACCCAAAGAAAGCUCUUGAAAACUUUCUGCCUGUGGGCCCACAACAUGCUUCCUUCCUAGCUGUUUUUUGGGGGGGGAAGAAUACAUUGACUGAAUCUGCAAAUGGACUCAUUCCCUUCUGGGAGCAGAGUGGAAGGGGAAAAGAAAACUGGCUUUGCUACACACUCCAGACUUGGGAAUUACGUAUUACACAGUCAACCCCAGAUUUGUGUUAUUGUUUUCAUGCGCAAAUUAACCCAACACGAAGACCCUCCCCUCCCAGUUUGUUUGUUGUUGUUGUUUUUUUUGGUCUUAAUGAGGAUAUCAUUUUAAAGAUCUCAAUGAGUAAUUUUGCAAUGGCAGAAAGUGUUUGGUUAUUUAUGAAUAGGGUAUGUACUUAAAUAGUGGUUUAAUAUAUAUACAUAUAUAAUUAUAUUUUUAUUCCCCUCUCCUUAUGCGGGGGGGAGGGGUACAACAAUAAAGCUCUAAGGGUCUUUUUGUGCCGAUUCCUAAUUUAAAGGUAAUGACUCAGUUCUGUUUUUUGUUGUGUACGUACAAUGUAAGUGGUGAUGGUUCAUUGAUUUCCCAAGGAAGGUCAGGGUGGCAAGGGUUGAUGUUUACAUGACCAUAUUUCAGACCUAAUGACCCUUCCACAGGCAGGCUUCCUCAAGUUGAUAAUGGCAUCCGUGUGAAGAGUGGCCCCACCUCAGGGAUAUGGGGAAAACCCAUGGAUAACUUUCUGUUGUUGUUUCUCAAAAUUACUAAUGCGUAACAAAAUGUAAAUCAGGCCCACUUUGUCCGUGUCCCCCCCCACUCCAUUUUUUUUUGUCAUGCACAGAAAUAGGGAUAGUUUCUGUACUCCACCCAUCUUGUCACUUUCUUCAUAACCAUUUGGAAUAAUUGCUUCCAAAGCUCUCUUAUCCUUCACACUGUCACAACGCUUGGCUUCUACCUCAUUUAUAAAGUAUAGGCCCAUCUCUCUUUUUCUGCCAGGUCUGGCAUGUAUUUUUCCCCUCAUAAAACCAAUUUAAUUGGCAGCCUCUUGAUGUGCUUCUCCUUCUUUUAUACUAAUGGCAAAUACAUCUUACAGAACCAGUUUUCCCCUUUAAAACAACCAAUAAACUGGAUUUAAGAUAGGAAGAAGCACAUCAUACUGGUGUCAGAUGUUCAACCAGCCACAAUUUAAUAAAUGUGUUAAAAUACCAAGCCCCAAUCUUCCGCAUCAUUCUUGUUUAUAGCACUACCCAUUUCUACAUUGGUGAUCUGAGUCAAGAUUCAAAUUUGCAGUUUUCACUGUCUCUUUGUUGCAAUAACACUGUAAAAUUAACAUUUUAACUAGACUGCCUUCGAAAACUACAACUCCCUUUCAUUCAUAUGCUGGUUUAGAAGUAUAAUGGAAUAAUUGUUACUCCAGUGACUGUGUAAAAUACUGGUUUGUUGUACUAUACAAUGUGAAAAACAAAGUCCUCAGAUGAUCUGAUUUAUAAAUAGUAUCUUUGUUGCCUGAUUCAUUUUCGUCCAUUAUAGACCAUUUUUCAGUAUGGUAUGAAUGACAGAAUUCUGAUUUACCUGUUUGAUAACAAAGAAAUAAAUCUCUGUAAAAUGCGUGUUGAAUUGGCUGCCACUAAUGUAAAAGAAUGUUCAAAAUAAUUUUGCAUGCCAAGUGUCCCUGUUGCUAUUUGUUUUUUAACAGAUACUGUGGGAUUUUCUCCCUUAAAUGAAGUAAAAAAAAACAUUUUAAACAAAACAAAACAAAAUCAAAACACUUGAGUUCCUUUUUUAUUUUCUUCUCAGGUUUUCUCCAUAGAAUGCAUCUUUGCUCUACACAACUUCCAGAAUCCCCAGUUAUUUAAAUAAUGGUCUACAAUUUAAUCUCAGUUAGCUUCAUAUAUGAAAACAUGUAAAAAGUUACAGCAGAAUUCAUUCACUUAAGGUGCGUUCAGCCAUUGUUGGAACCAUUUUUGUAGCCGCUUUUUCAAUUUGUUAUAGAAUGCAGACUAAAUUUUGUAAAGUCCCUGGAUUCUGAAGAGCAGUCUGAUCUAGUGGUUAAGUCACCAGGGUAGAAACCAGGAGAGGUGAGUUCUAGUCUCAUUUUAGACAUGAAAGCCAACAAUGACUUUGGGCCAGUCACAUUAUCUCAGCCCCACUCAUCUCACAGGGUUGUGGGGAAACUAAGAGGAAAGAGUAUUGGGUAUUUUCGCUGCCUUGAGUUAUUUAUUUAAAAAAGGCAGGAUUUUCUUUAAAAUCUAAUAAAUAAAUAAAAACUUGGUACCUACAUACCACAGUUUGCCAGCAUACUUAAUUGUUUCAAGGGCUGAUUGUUCCUGGGCCUCUCAAAUAUCAGAAGGAAUAAAACAAGUUUUUACCUGCCCAUAAGGUGAGAGCACUCCAGUAUCCCAAUAAAGGAGAAUAUUUGUAGCUCAGGAUUGAAAUGAGAGGUCCUUGGUGCUCUCUAUGCUUGGUUGUUUUUGUUUUGUUUUUUUGCAGAGGUUUCAAUAUUCAAACUAGAAAACAUCAGUGCUAGGUAACAUCAUCAGUAUUAGGACGGAUGAUAUUACCUCGUUUGGGUAAUGAAACAUCUGCAAGAAAACAACCAAGCUCAGAGAGCACCAAGGACCCCUCACUCUGGUGUUUCUUUUCCAGCCACAACAAAAUAAAUCAUGGAAUGCCUUUAUUGAAGGCAUUUCUAUGCCACAACAUGUAAUACCAGCCUCCAACAUGACUUCACUUCAACCACUAUUCUGGAAUGCCAUUAAGCAAUUCUUGUAGAGGGAUUUGGAAUCCAAUGUUUACUACCUAAACCCUUCAUACCAGAAGGAAAAAAACCUUUAUUUUCAGACAUUAUUUCAACUUUCUCAUUUAAAUCUUUCCUUUGUAUAAAAUUCAUUUGUCAUUGAAAUUAUUUUAGCCUAGUUACUAAUUUCAGAGGACCAAAUUUCCAUGACUCUGAAUUGUAGUGGUAUAGCUGUGCUACCUGAAUCACAAAAAUAUUGAAUUGGCCUGAAGACAAGAGGAAUCUAUUGGUUCUCCAUAACUACUACUUUUAUCAUAGUAUAAAUUAUCUCAUCCUUCAAUCUUCUAUUUCAGUUUUUCUUCUUCUGAGAAAAUCUGGACACCUGGAACUACUAGGAAAAGCAGGACCAAGUCAAUGCUGGUCACUUACAGGAGCUCAGCCAUACUGAGUUGCCUCCUUUCAAGAGAAAGAGAUUGAGAUUCCCUCUUUUGAAUGUGGAACUUAUGUCCAGUCUUGACUCGCCCUUAUUUUGAAUCCCUUCUCAAUACUCUAGACCAGGGGUUUCUGGGAGUUGAAGUCCACAAGUCUUAAAGUUGCCAAGGUUGGAGAUCCCGACUCUAGACAAUAGAUACGAACCUGUAUAAUAUACUCUGCACCAACACAAUUAAAUUCUGCACCCAAUGAAGUUGAUUUAAAAAGAGUUCAUUGAACAUAUAAAUUAUGAAUGCAGUUUUGAAUCCUCUCCUCAGUUUGAGGAAGAAACUGGCUUUGGAAGACCCCAGGGCACAGGAGACCCUCUCAUAAACACCAAGUACAUUUCUAGCUUCAGAUAAGGAUAGCGCUAUUAUCGCUAUUCAUCUAAGCAUAUAUUUACAGGAUAUAAAGCAGAUGGAUAGUGUACUUAAUAGUUUGUCUUUCAUCAGCCUGGGGCUCCAAACAUGCAACACUCACUACCUUCUCCUUCUUCCAGAGCAAUAACAAUAACUCACUUGUCCUCAUUGUCACUUGUAACUCGCAUACAGAGGCAACACCUGGUAUAUCUAAAGCAACCAAACCUUAGCAGAGCUGGUUAAUGCUUGGCUGGAAAGUCACUACAAAAGCCCAGGGUGUAGGUUCAAGAGUGACUAUGGCAAACUAUUACUUCUCUAUAAAUCGUGAAACCUGGCAUGAAACCUGACUCAAGUUUGUAUCUUUUCUCCCAGCUUUCACCCCAGAUAUUCUAGAAGGAGCAGGCAGGGAAAGCAGAAUAUGUUCAGUCUUAAGGAGACAAGUUUACAAUCACUUUAGUUAUUUUCAUGUCUCUUCUGCUUUCAUGCCAGAGAGGCAACCUUUCCUUUCCUUAGCCUUGAUUGCCCUUGGGAAGCUUCCUUCAACAUUUUUACUUUUUGCUUGACCUACUAGUCAAAGAUAACACAGUGUCACAUCAUUCCCUAGGUUCUUGAUGCCAGCAGUAUCUCACACCCAGUCUGAUCUGGUUUCUAAUGGCCAUGUCAAUCACAGUGCACGAAACGCUACAAGGUAGUCUCAGCUUGUUAGAAAUCAUCACCUCAUAUGGUUGUUUUUUAGCAGGUCUGCAUCAAAACAGAUUUUUUUGGCCCUCCCAUGAUCUGUCCAAUCUGUAUGGGCAACAGAUUGCACUCAUUUCUAUAUCCGCCUUUGCUAAUUUUGUGUGGGACUUCACUUCACCCUGGAACUGAGAAGAUGGGGCACCUUUUAAAAGCAUCUUCCCAUGCCCAGCAGUUAUGAAGGGUCAUUUUCUUCUACCCAUUUGCACAUUAAUUAGCAUAGCAGCUAAUCGCACCAUUGGUGUUUAAAUUAUGUCUGUUUAUUUAAAUUACUUUUACAUGCAUAUUCACUCAAAUGUGUGUUUUGCAUUCUAUUUUUAUGCUUUAAAAAAAAAGCCAAGAACUAUUGCUGGAGAACUUGCAAAAUAAGUAAGUGGCAAACAAUUCUGAUCUGAGAUGAUUCUGGGAUCAGAAUUUGCAAAACCCUGAUCCUUGAGCAGCUACAUGGCCAGAUAACUUUCAAAGCUCUGUCUUUAAUUAGUUGCUGUAAUUUGCUACUGCAGCCUCUGCCAUCAUUCUACUGUGCAUUUUUCUUCCAAUACUAAUUAUGAAUGUUGAGCUGUUAUUACCAUGAAUCGAAUUUCAAUUUUUAUAAUUGUAAUGUGAUUAAACUUCAAUGGAUGUUAGCUAAGAAGACCUCCUCA